UCCUGUUGCUCGUCUUACAUCUGUUAGAUGUCUCAUUGCUGUGGCUGCUGUUCGCCGUUGGCCUCUUUAUCAAAUGGAUGUGAAGAAUGCUUUCCUCAAUGGAGACCUCCAUGAAGAAGUGUACAUGCAACCACCCCUUGGCUAUCCACACUCAGGCAAUCAAGUUUGCCGCCUUCGCCGUACUCUUUAUGGCCUCAAGCAGGCUCCUCGAGCUUGGUUUGAGAAGUUUAGCUCAGUUGUUGCUCAGCAGGGUUUCACUUCGAGUCCUCAUGACACUGCUCUCUUUGUUCGACGAUCCUCUGCUGGUAUCACUCUUAUUCUCCUUUAUGUUGAUGAUAUGAUUAUUACUGGAGAUGAUUCUGCAGGUAUCCGCUCUCUUCAGAACUUCCUUAGUCAGCAUUUUGAGAUGAAAGAUCUGGGCACUCUCAGCUAUUUUCUUGGGCUUGAGGUUACCUCAUCCUCUGAUGGAUACUAUCUUUCCCAGGCUAAAUAUGCUUCUGAUCUUCUCUCCAAAGCCGGUGUCACUGAUAACAAGACUGUUUCCACUCCUUUGGAAUACAAUGCUAAGCUUACACCCUUGGACGGUGAACCUAUAUCCGAUGCUACUCGCUAUCGUCAGUUGGUUGGCAGUUUGAUCUAUCUCACUGUUACACGUCUGGAUAUUUCACAUGCCGUGGGUAUGGUUAGUAAGUUCAUGGAUGCACCUCGUUCUGUCCACUAUGCUGCUGUUCUUCGGAUUCUCCGAUAUGUCAAAGGCACACUUUAUCAUGGUCUGCAUUACUCCUCUCGAUCUUCUCUCGAGCUUCAUGCUUAUUCAGAUGCUGACUGGGCAGGUGAUCCGACUGAUCGAUGCUCUAUCACAGGUUUCUGUUUCCUGUUAGGUACUUCUCUGGUCUCGUGGCGCAGCAAGAAGCAGGAUGUGGUUUCCCGUUCCAGUACUGAGGCUGAGUAUCGUGCCCUUGCCGACACCACUUGUGAGCUUGUUUGGCUUCGCUGGCUAUUGGCUGACAUGGAUGCUCCACAGCCCACUGCCACUCCUCUUUAUUGUGACAAUCGUAGUGCUAUCUACAUUGCUCAUAAUGAUGUCUUCCAUGAACGCACUAAGCAUAUUGAGAUCGACUGCCACAUCACUCGACAGCAUCUUAAGAAAGGAAAUCUCAAGUUAUUCUCCAUUUCCUCUGCUAACCAACCUGCUGAUAUCUUUACCAAGACUCACCCGCCUGGAUGUUCAACAUCUGCUUUGAUUGUUUCUUCAACUUUUGCAUUUGGGAACUCUUUAUCAUCACUUGAACAAUUACAUAUUUUGAUAACAGAAUAUAUGACUGCACAAUUCUGCAGUGAUCUGAUGAUGAUCAUAAUGGUUUUUCUAACAGCCUGA